AUGUCCGCGACCGGCCUACCUUCUGGCCGCCGCUUUCUCAAGAUCCACAUCCUCGUCCCCGUGCUCAUGAACCUCAAGGUAAAUGUGGGCAAAAUCAGCUCGUCUUCUAGCAACCAACAGAACACAGACAAAACAUAUUCAGCUGGGACUCUUUCAAUCGUCCGAUCUGCUCUCAAUUAUCUCUCAAUUAUCAGACCCCGUACCCAGUCGAAGAAUCCAUUCCAGUUUGGGAAGCCAUUCUAUCUGCCAGUCAACUCAACCUGUCAGCAUUCCGUCAAUAACAAAAAAAUCACAUUAGCGUUGUAUGCUGAUGAGACUGGAAAUCUAACCAGUUCAUCUCCGAUCGACCGUACAACAUUCGUCACCCACUUCUUCCGUCGAUCGAUCGGAUUCAAGACACCCGCCCGAUCCACCCGCAAUGAGCUGCAGCCGAGACCAGAGAGCAACCUAUAUCCACGAGUAUGUGGGCAAACCGAUAGCGCAACGCGCUCACUCUACGAUCUCUCCGAGUCUGCGUACACCAACCUCUGCUCAAUCGAGAGCUUCAUCAACCACACCCACCAUCCCUACCAUCCCCACCAGUCCCUCGGCUCCGGCCUAGCCGUCCUAGUGGAUUGGAUCCGCGCUGAGAUCAUGGACUGUUUCGAGCACGAAUCGGCGCUCGACUCCGGGCUGCUCACCGCCAGCCUGAUGAUCGAACCGCUCUUCGAGCUCCUCGAAGCGCUCGCAACCCUCAUCCAAAGCUGCCAAGAAGGCACAAAGAAAUCCAGCCAAGAAGACGCGGUCUAUCGCCACCUAGACAUCCACAUCCGCCAACGUUCCUCAAGCUUGAUUCAGGCCGUCUUCAGCUGGCUACUAGACAGGGUGUGUGCGGCUCUCCUGCUCAGCUGGCAGACGUGGCUGGGUGUCGAUCUGGGCGGCCGACGAACCAUUUGGCCAGACGAAAAGGACCAGCUCUACCAAUCCCUUUGGAGCCAAUACGGCAUUCAACCAGACCCACGACUGUCAGUCGAUCCUCAUCUCGACCUUGCUGGCGACUAUCUGGAUCAAACUGAGGCCAGAACACCUUCUUCAUAUUGCUUCCGUCCUGAUCGCGUCCCAAGUUUUAUCCCGAUAUCUCUGGCCGAGUCAAUUUUCAAGGCUGGCGUAUCAUUGAGAAUCCUGCGACACUCGAACCCGUUUCAUCCGAUCUGUCUCACGUAUCCUGCCGAAGAACAUGGCCAGUCUCGGUGGGUAUGGACCCCUACGGAACUAGAAAAAGUCUUUAAAGCAUUUAACAGACAGAGGCACGACAUGAAACUUCAAAUAUCUGCGUGGAGACAUGGAAUCAAGCUCUCAGAUGAUCCAUUGGCUACGAUCCAAAGAUCCAAGGGAGUGUCACUCCCUACCAUGCAGGAUAUUGAACAAGAGCUUGACAUAGGCGACUUCCUCAAGGCCAUCAGCACUGGCUUGAAGCCCUAUGACAACCAAGUGGGCGGAUCAAGACACAUCGACCAGCGUCGGAAAGGCCUGAUCGAGACUGUUGAAGAGCGUCUGAGAUCUUGCCGGGUCGACAGAGCUGGGCUGCUCCAGCCCAUGGAACUUCCCUCUCUAGAUCUGCUGACGGAGGUAACGGUAAUUGAGUCACUCCAAUCUAGGUCCCUGGAGAUUGAUCAAUGUCUGCUUUCAUUCUUCCUGAUUGAUCUCGACUUCCUUGACCAUCUCAAGAUUCUCGGCCAGUUCAUGUUUUGCCACGAUGUGAUGUUUAACCAGCGGCUCACCAACGCGCUGUUUAGCAGCAGCCCUGGUGAGGAUUCGUCGCAGAGGACCGGUUGGCGCACGGUGGGAGUGAGUGGAAAACUGUUGCGUCGAGGCAUCUGGCCACCUGGCGGCUUCGAUCUUGCGUUUGCGCUGCGGACGGUGAUUCUGGACUCAGUUGCGCCGGACCAACGGCCGGCAGGCUACCGGGUGACGCUGGAGGAUCAACUGUCGUUUGCGAUCCGGCCGGGGAUCAAGGACUCGGCGGCGGGAGAGAGUGGAUACAGGGCCAACACAAUCGAUGGCUUCGGCUUCCUGAUGAUUGACUUCAAGCCCCCUUGUCUCCUCCCGUCCCACUGCCUCUCCCACCUCCGAGCAUGCACCACCUGGCUCGCAGAAAACAGUGCAUGUCAAAGCCUUGACUUUUGGCUAGCAGAAUAA